UUUUUGGGGUGGGGACACUCAAAAGCGCAGGUGUCCAUCUUCCUAAAAAGGUGGGGGCCGGCCUUGGUUUUCUUCUCUGUCUUCUGCAAACAUGCUUUCCCGAGAGCUGGUGGAGCGCGGGGUCUUCUCCACCUUUUCAGUACCCCCAGAGUGACUUCAGCAAACACAGCAUAGAAUCUUUGAAGGACUUCACUUCUCUUUUUUAAUGGGCCAGAAGUACUGUAAAAUAAAGUGAUUUACUAGGAAAAGUAAGUGAAAAAGAAAAUCAAAUUUUUGUUUAAAUCAACAGAUGUAAAAUGAUUUGGCCAGAUCAUCAUACAAGUGUCCAUGUGCCCACUUCCUUCUUGAGUCAGGGGGGGCAACACUGGUCAAGGGGCCACACUGCCUGAGACCAAGCCUCUUGUGGCCUGGAUGGGGAAGCUGAGGCCUUGAGUGGUCAAGAGGCUGUGGGGAGCAAGCUGUGCCAUUGUCAGACCCUGCUUAGGCCUGUGCAGUCCUGGUCCCAUGUCACAGCAGGGUCAAGGGCCUGCCCCGGGCAGGGACUGUGGCUUCAGGGGCCUUUUUCCAGGACAUCCUCUGGCUCUUCCAUCCCCCCUCCACUUUUCCUCUGGAGACUGACUCUUGUCUCUCUUUGCAGGACUUCAAUGACAGAAGAGUACAGGGUCCCAGAUGGCAUGGUGGGACUGAUCAUUGGCAGAGGUGGUGAGCAGAUCAAUAAGAUCCAGCAGGAUUCAGGCUGCAAGGUUCAGAUCUCCCCAGACAGCGGUGGCCUGCCUGAGCGCAGCGUGUCCUUGACAGGAGCCCCAGAGUCCGUCCAGAAGGCAAAGAUGAUGCUGGAUGACAUUGUGUCCCGGGGUCGUGGGGGCCCCCCCGGAGGACAGUUCCAUGACAACGCCAACGGGGGCCAGAAUGGCACGGUGCAGGAGAUCAUGAUCCCGGCGGGGAAGGCUGGCCUGGUCAUUGGCAAAGGCGGGGAGACCAUCAAGCAGCUGCAGGAACGAGCUGGAGUGAAGAUGAUUCUAAUUCAGGACGGUUCCCAGAACACGAACGUGGAUAAGCCUCUCCGGAUCAUCGGCGACCCUUACAAAGUGCAGCAAGCCUGCGAGAUGGUGAUGGACAUCCUCCGGGAGCGUGACCAGAGCAGCUUUGGGGACCGGAACGAGUAUGGAUCCCGAAUUGGCGGGGGCAUCGAUGUACCGGUGCCCAGGCACUCGGUGGGAGUGGUCAUCGGCCGGAGUGGGGAGAUGAUCAAGAAGAUCCAGAAUGAUGCUGGAGUGCGGAUCCAGUUUAAGCAAGAUGACGGGACAGGUCCCGAGAAGAUAGCCCACAUAAUGGGGCCCCCAGACAGGUGUGAGCACGCAGCGCGGAUUAUCAAUGACCUCCUUCAAAGCCUCAGGAGUGGUCCUCCAGGCCCUCCAGGGGGCCCUGGCAUGCCCCCAGGGGGCCGGGGUCGUGGAAGGGGCCAAGGCAACUGGGGUCCCCCUGGCGGGGAGAUGACCUUCUCCAUCCCCACUCACAAGUGUGGGCUGGUCAUCGGCCGAGGUGGUGAGAACGUGAAAGCCAUAAACCAGCAGACAGGCGCCUUCGUGGAGAUCUCCCGGCAGCUGCCUCCCAAUGGGGACCCCAACUUCAAGCUGUUCAUCAUCCGGGGCUCACCCCAGCAGAUCGACCAUGCCAAGCAGCUCAUCGAGGAGAAGAUCGAGGGUCCCCUCUGCCCAGUCGGACCAGGCCCUGGGGGACCAGGUCCUGCAGGCCCCAUGGGUCCCUUCAACCCCGGACCCUUCAAUCAGGGGCCACCCGGGGCUCCCCCUCAUGCCGGGGGCCCCCCUCCUCACCAGUACCCACCCCAGGGCUGGGGCAAUACGUACCCCCAGUGGCAACCACCUGCUCCUCAUGACCCAAAUAAGGCCGCUGCAGCUGCUGCGGACCCCAACGCCGCCUGGGCCGCCUACUACUCACACUACUACCAGCAGCCCCCAGGCCCUGUGCCUGGCCCCGCGCCAGCCCCCGCAGCCCCCCCAACCCAGGGUGAGCCCCCACAGCCCCCACCCGCCGGCCAGUCGGACUACACCAAGGCUUGGGAAGAGUAUUAUAAAAAAAUUGGCCAGCAACCCCAGCAGCCGGGAGCACCCCCGCAGCAGGACUACACCAAGGCCUGGGAAGAGUACUACAAGAAGCAGGCUCAAGUGGCCACCGGAGGAGGUCCGGGAGCUCCCCCAGGCUCCCAGCCGGACUACAGUGCCGCCUGGGCUGAGUAUUACAGACAGCAGGCUGCAUACUACGGACAGACCCCAGGUCCUGGCGGCCCCCAACCUCCACCCACACAGCAGGGACAGCAGCAGGCAAGUGGGAAUUGCCACCCUCCUCCUCCUCCUUUUUCCUUCCAACCCCCGGCCACCGUCCAUCCUGCCUUAGUGGGUAGCGCCGGAAAUCCCUUCCCCUGCGGGGUGUGUCCUUGAUGCCUGCAGCGGGGGCCGCGUGGCCAGUCUCCGGGAGUCCCCACGAGCCGGGGGACAUGUGCGCUGGGUCCAGAGGUUAAACGAAGAGGCCUCCCUCCGCCGGCCUGCUUGUUCCUGUGUAACGCUGUCGUGAUGCUGGGGGAGAGCGCAAAACCAGUACAAGGCGAAACUGUGGAACUGGUGGGUAGUCCUGGGGGUGGGGGCAGGCCAGCCACGCACACGCUGGGCACAUCCUGGCUGCUGACUCACUCGAAAUCUGGCCACUUGGGAAGAAAAUGGAUGUUUUCCCCUUUCUGCAUUACUUUUUUGGUUUUGUUCAUUUUAUUCUUCUAUUUUUAUCCCCACAAUCUUUCCCCUGGUGUCUGAGUGACUGCGUGUUGCAGUCCACCCUGGCUGUGGCGGGGACCGGCCCCGGGCCCUCCGCUGCGCCCGCCUCUGUGUCCCGGGCUUGUCUGUGAAGUGGGCAUGAUGAUCGCUGCCACCUUCCAACCUACCUCACAGGGGUGUUGUGGGGACACCGUGAUCUCUGGUUGUCAUGUUGUGCUGUUCCUGAAGACACAGGGCACCCCCUCUCCGCGCUUCCCCGCUGUCUCUCCCUGCGGCCCCUGCUUCUCUCCUGCCUCUGUGUCACUCCUCCUCUGCCAUCAAGGCGCCGGGCUGACGUGGGCCGAGUCCCUGGAGCACUUGGUGCAGACACGUCCUUCCCGCCUGGGCCUCCAAGGCUCGGAGCCCCCGUCACCCACCCCGCAGUGACCGAUUCCUAUCUCUUCCCUCUCUGCAGGCUCAGUGAAUCGAAUGAAUGUGAACUUCUUCAUCUGUGAAAAUCUUUUAUUAUUAUUUUUUUCCAUUUUGUUCUGUUUGGGGGCUUUUUCUUUUUCUUUUUCUUUUUCUUUUUCUUUUUUUUUUUUUUUACGUUUGGUGAGAGAGCGACGGCUGCCACGGGGUGCCAGGAGCCUCACCGAGUGGCUCGGGGGCCGGGUACUGCCAUGCCGGGCUCUCGCUCUCUCGCCCAUUCUGUGUGUCUCAUGCUUGCUUUCUUUCAAAAUUGGGAUCCUUCAUGUUGAGCCAGCCAUAGAAGAUAGAACUAAAUCUCUGCAAAAAAAUUUAAAAAAAAUUUUAAAAACUAAAAACAAAAAGCAAAACCUAUAAAAUUAUAUAUAUAUAUAUAUAUAUAAAUCUUUAUCCCCCGCCCGCCUUCCUGAAACUGCCUCUUUCAGGGGAAAGCAAUUCAUUUUCUCCCCACAACCCUUGGCGCUCUUCAUGUUUUUAAAAUAAACUUUUGAAAAGGAAAAAAAAAGUCACUCUUGCUAUUUUUUUUUUAGUUAGAGUUGGAACAUUCCUUGGACCAGGUGUUGAUAGGCAGGGAAGCACCCCCCCCCUGCCUGCCCGUCCAGCUCCGCAGCCUCUGCUCCUGCCCCGCUCCUCUGCCCUCCCAGGCUCCCCGUGCUCGCUCCCCCGCGCCCUCCCCGGCUCCCCACCCCAGGACUGCUCUGUCUGUGUCAUCUGUUCAAGAGGACGUUGAAACCGAAAACAAAUUGAGAACAAAAAUUGUAUCGCAGUUUUUACUUUUUAUCGCUCGUUUUUAACUUCACAAAUAAAUGAUAACAAAACCUCCCCAUGUCUGCUGGGUGCCGUCUCUCCCUCUCUCUCUCUCUCUCUCUUUCUCUCUCUCUCUCUCUCUCUCCCCCCUGCUCCCUCCCCCUGUAGAGUUUUGAAGCAGAUGUUUGUUCUUUAUAGAUGUUGUAAAGGCCUGAUAAUGGUGAUUGGAAAUUACAAGCUUUGUGUUGUGUUUUUUAUUUCUUUUUUUUUUUUUUAAGAACAGAAUUAUAAAAGAAAAUAGUUUUCUGCAGGCGCAUUGUGCUUUCCUAACUCUCACCCCCCCUCCUUUUUUUGGUUAAAUAAAGUGCUUUUUGUC